AUGGACACACCUGAUGUAACAGUGAAUCCUGGCGGUUCAGAAGCUAUAUUUCAUAUAGGCUUUGAUGCCUGCAGUUUUAGGAGACUGGUGACUGAAGAUGAUGUUGUAUUUGAAAAUGAACUGACUUCAUUGGCUUCCUCUAAAGUUUCUUCUGUCUUGUCUCCUGUUGUCUGUGUAUAUGAAAAGCCUGCAGACUGGAGUCCACCCCUAUAUGACCCAGUGAUUUUCCAUACUAAUGGACAAGGGAACCUGCUCUUCCAUUUGAACCUUAUGAAUGAUGACUUUAGUGGUGUGGCACUAUCCACUACCUUCUCGUUGGGCUCCUUCAUCCCAAUCGCUGCUACUGUUGAUCAAGCUUCUCAUCAGCCACUAAUUCUUCUGCUGGAAGAGUGUGUGGCUUCCACCACACCAACGCUGGCACAAGAUGGCCAUAUUCACCCUAUAAUUACGAAUAACGGAUGUCUGAUGGAUAGCAAGAAUACUAAUUCAAGGUUCUUGCCCAGACGAAGCCUAUCUGAAAUCAGGCUGUAUCUUCAAGCUUUCAAGUUUACUAAUGCAGAGAAAGUUUAUAUUCACUGCAAACUUGUGGCUUGGGAUCCUCAUGUCAUGGACAGUGGCAAGAAAGCAUGUCAGUAUGAUGCACAGAAAGGAAGAUGGGUAUUACUUGAUGAUCCUAGGAAGAGUGCUCUGUGUACUUGCUGUGAGACUCGCUGUCAAGCAAGGAGGCAAAGGGGAAUUGGAAAGGGUCAGUAUUUUUAG